AUGGCGCUCCCUUCAGUAGCGCUACCAGGACAAUUGCUCGGCAGUGUCGACAAAUACAGUCCUGGCCCAGGAACGCACAUCCACGACUCGCAAAUCUACGCCUCAAUAGCAGGACCCGUAUUCUCUUCACCAGCACACCCUACCACAAAAACGUCCACCAAGCUCGCACCUCUCCUCUCUAUAACGCGCCCGCCCACCUCUACCGACCCCGGUAUUCUCGGCCCCAACUCUGGCGGCGGCGUACCUCUCCUCCCCACGGUCAACAGCACAGUCCUAGUCCGCAUAACGCGUCUCGGUCCACGCUUCGCCAGCGCAGAAAUCCUCGUCAUCGACGACGCCGUCUGCCGCGAAGCCUUCCUGGCGCAAAUUCGGCGAGAAGAUAUUCGGGCUACAGAAAAGGACAAGAUAAAGAUUGAGGAGAGUUUCCGAGUGGGUGAUUUGGUUAGAGGCACGGUGAUUAGUCUGGGUGAUAGCGGCAACUACUACGUUGCUACUGAUCGGAAUGAAUUCGGUGUUGUGCUGGCUAGGAGUGAGGAGGGCAGAGUCAUGCAUCCAGUUAGUUGGAAGGAAUUUAGGGAUCCCGUAAGUGGGAAGGCGGAGGCGAGGAAGGCUGCUAAACCAUUUUGA